AUGGCGACUUUGUCCAGUGCCUACCACGUUAUCGGAGGUGGGCAUGGGGUUGAUGAUGACCCCUAUCUACAUGACGAAAAUCUAGAUGAUAACGAAUACAUUUUUCCCGAAUCUGUAGAGGAUGACUCCAGAAUCGACAGAGCCCUCACAGUUCCGCAUGUCCCAGCCAAGGACGAAGCACCUAUCAUGAUAGAUCCUACACGGGACGAGGGGCGCACAUUCUCAUGGUUCGAUUGCCAAAAUCAGGCCUGCGAGUGGUCUACACGCCUUCGUCAACCCGAGACUCCCACUGAGAAGCCGGAUGAGCCUGCCUUGCCUCUCAAACAAACCCAAACUGUGAGUAUCCCAACAACGAUCUACAUUACCAAGACUUCAUCCCUUCCCCUUGUAUGGUGGACUCUACCGGAUCCCGGAAAGUUGAGUACAACGUUAGGGAAGACUACAUCGGCAGUCUUUUCAGAGCCAACUGUCACCUCAUCGACUCUUUCAGAAACAACCGCAGUUACAGAGCCAUCUGCAACUCUGGAGCCAUCUGCAACUCUGGAGCCAUCUGCAACUCUGGAGCCAUCUGCAACUCUGGAGCCAUCUGCAACUCCAACACCCAAGGAAAAGUCCAAGGACUUGACAGAAGCGAAUAUAAUCGGUGGCACCAUAGGAGCUAUCCUUUUCUUGGGUGUGCUUAUACUCAUCUCCUGGUUGAGCUAUAGGCACUACAAGAGGAAACAUGCCAAAAAGUCAAGGCCGACUAUCGUCCAUCCUUUCAGGCAACAUCUACCUCCAGCCCCUCCUCCGGUCCCUCCUUCAACCCCUGGGCGUCAAAGCCCCGAUCGUCAAAGCCGUUCGUAUUGGCUUCCCGAUACUCCCUCGGAUCGCCAGUCGCCGUAUGGUAGAGAAUGGGGAGAGACUGUGCGGAUGUGGAUGAGGGCACCUGAACGCAAUCCUGAAGUUCACGCCAUGGAUGAGAUCAGCCGGCCGAAGAAUGUGUAUACUACUCGCCCUGCUGUUAAGUCACCCCCUUCAGCGAAUACAAACGCUCAGUCUGCUGCAAGCCCGUGGCUUUCGCCGCAGCCUUACAGUGCUCCUCGGCCUGUCAACAACUCACCAGGUCGUCUUGCAAUUCCUCGUCGACCUGUUGGCGCUACGUAUUCUCCGGCAAUCAUGACUCCUCGACCUAAUAGCCCGAACCUUGCGCCAAACACUCCCCAGCCUGGCCCUUCUCAGUAUAGUGAGAGUGUGUACAGCCAGCCAGGUCCAGGAGUGAGGCCGGAUAGUGCACGUCCGCUUGGUUGGAUUUGA